GAGCUUGUCGCUGGUCUGUUACGCACGGAGUCGGCGAGUAUUUGGCUCGUGUGUAGUGAUGAGUGGUAGCAUGUGGUCACGGCGAGUGUGUGUGGUAGUGGCGGUGGUUGCUUGGGUACCAGGAGAUGGCUCGCUGGCCAGUCCUGUCGGUACAAACCCAUGUCACGACUUAAUUUGUGAGAAGCAGGGCACUGCUGGCGAUUCUCAGGCUUCGCAGCUUCCUCGGAUUACCGUGGGACUAAAAGUUGUGAAGCAGAACGAGACCAUCCCAGAGGUGGCAGUUUUGACUAUAAAUAAAGGCCUAACUUCGGGCAACAGAACUUUGUCGUGGGAUAGUGAGUCGUUGCUUUCUCAGAAUCAUUUUCUUCAGAGUGACCAGAACUCUAGUGCCUCCCACAGCGUGCCUCCGGCCUCAGGUGAGACCCCAGACUCUGCCCCCACGUUCCUGCCGCUGCCAAUUGUGACUGUGUCCAGUCGUUUGUUGUUUGCUGGUGUCCAGCGCGACGAGGAUGAAGAGAAGAGUCCGAGCUCCCAGGCCCGUGACCCACUACUCAGGACGUUGCAGUUUGAACCCGUGCCAGAAGGCGAGCCCUACCUCACAGACGUUACUCACGCUAAGCCCACAGUUCUAGCCUGGGCUGGAGCCGUCAUCUCGGCCCUCCAUCCUACUCACUUCCCCUUCGAACUGGUGCGGGCGGCCGUGGAGCACCGGAUCACACCCCUGCAGCUUCUCAUCCAGUCGCUGCAGGCGGAGCCGUUGCUGGCGGCGUGCCUAGGGGUGUGUGGGGCCCUGGCGACGGGGAUGCCCCUUGUGGGGCUGCUGGUGUGCUGCUGCCGCCUCGCCGGCAGGUGUGGGGCCAGCAAGACCCAGCACGGCCGCGCCGAGUGCUUCCACUGCCGCAGGAGGAUGCUCACCGUCGCCCUCUCCUUCAUAUCCUGCGCUGUACUGUCCGGCCUGGUGGUGGUGGUAGUGAGCAACCAGAGGCUAGGCGACGCCCUCAGCCAGGCCAGACACAGCAUCAACAGCAACCUGCGGGACCUCAACACCUUCCUCGCCAACACCAAGAUGCAACUGCGCUUCCUCGUCACCGACUCCCUCGAGCAAACGGUCCACGCUAUUAACACUGAUCUAGAUGAUAUCGAGUACUUGUUGGGUCGACCGCUGCAGCGAGAGCUGGCGGGGGAGGCCCAGAUAGAAGCAGCGCUCGACUCUUUGCUUCACAUCAGCAGCAGUUUCCGCGAGAUAGCGGGCCGCAUGCGGUCGCUGGAGAAUACUCGCGUACUGGCUGCGGCGCGAUCAGAAGAGCUGCGGGACCGCCUGGUUGAGCUGUCAGCUGACAUCCAGCGGUUCGUGUCCCGCUGCUCCGUCGAGGACGCCGAUCUCUGCAACAGCCUUGAUCAUCGCGGCCUCGACCUCGCAGCACGCUUCGACAGUUUCUCCUUCUCGGAGCAGCUUCGGCUGUUGUCAGUGGUAGAGAGGCACAACCUGACGGAGAUGGCCCGCCAGGCCAGGUACGAGUUCGACAACAUCCCCAGCUUCGUGAAGGUGGUGACCCGGACCACCAGGGACGACGCGAAGCGAGUGAUGCGCGCCUUCCGGGGAGGGCUGUACUCCAAGGUGAACAGCCUCGAUGAUGUGGCCUUCGACUUCGAAGUGCGCACCAAGGACCUCAGCUGGCGGGUGGACGAGGCCACCGCCGCCCUUCUGGUCCACGACCACUACAGGUGGUACACCGGCCUAGGCAUCACCGUGUGCCUGGGGUUGGUGUGGGCGGUGAUGACUGUGGGCGUGUGUUGUGGGUGUUGUGUCCACGCACAAGACCAGGCGCCCACUGACAGGUCCUGCGUCUCCAAUUCCGCCGGCCAGACAUUCAUUUCGUCUGUGUUCCUCAUAUUUGUGUUGUCGGGAUUAUUGUGGGCGGUGGUGGCGGUGGUGUUUGUGGUAGCUGGCCACGCCCACGCCUUCAUAUGCCGCCCACUGUACGACCAGCCCGACUUUCCGAUCCUUACUCAGCUCCUCAACCACUCCGAGGUGCUUCUUGGCCAGGGGCCCCUGCUCGCUAGUGUCCUCCACCCGGGCCGCGAUAUUCAUCUCAACAUUGGUCAAGUCCUCAGGCGCUGUAAGGAAGGUGGAGCCGCGUACCAGGUGUUCCAGCUGCGCCACUACUUCGACGUGGAGCGAGAGCUCGACCCCCACACCACGCUCGACCUCAGACAAACACUAGCCAACCUCCGCAUCAACCUCUCCCAGAUCGAGUUCCUCUCCUUGGAGGCAGAGACUCACCUCAACGAUUUCCUUCGCUCAGUCAAGAUUGACCUCGAACCUUUCCGGAAGGAGAUGGAGAAGCCACUGGUGCAGAAGAGCUUGCCCGCGCUCUCCGACCAGAUGCAAAAUGUGGCGGGCCAGUUGCGGUCCGUGUCUGCCUCGGCCGAGCUCUUCAGGAUGGUGGCGCGCACUAGAAACCUCAUCACCAACACCCUCUACCCCCUAGAGAAGCGCAAGGAGGAAGUCUCGUACCAGGUGGCGACGCUGGACAUGGAAGCCAUGCCACUCCAGCGUCAGAUCAACCAGAGCGCAGGCCACCUGCGAACCAUCCAAUACUUCCUCCACAGUCAUGGCUCCUCUCUCGCAGCUGCGAAAGUUCGUGACUACGUGGAGAGGCUCCUUGGGUACGCCAGGCAGUACACGGACCACGUGCGCACCUCUGCUCUCCACCACGUGGCGCCCUGUACACCCGUCUGGAACUUGUUCGACUCUGCUCGCGGCAUCGCCUGCAACGGUAUCAUUGUGCCAGUGAACGCACUGUGGCUGGCGACCAGCUGGUGUUUGUUGUUGUUCCUGCCCAGUGUAUGUCUUAGUCUGGCUCUGUCUCGCUACUACCUGCGCCUCCACCACCACCACGACGACGCUCUACCACUGGAAUCUAACGGCUCACCGCCGGAAUCCGCCACCAAUGUUCCGUCUGGAUCGUCGGCCGCAAUGUGGGCUUCCAAGCACAGCGUGCCCGCUGACAGAGCUCCCCAAUAUUCUCUCCCUAGUCAUCGCCAGAACGGGCAUAGUCAUUGGUAAUUUAACAUACAAGUGCGGCUGUGAGCUACCUGUUGGCGUGUUGAGCCUACCUGAGGGCUCGGUGGCCUCAUUACUAACACAGGAGGAUCAAGAUUUUGGGAUUGUGAACCCAAAUUAAAGCUUGAGCAAUACUACCUGGACUUCAGCAUCGUUCACUUCCAACCUGUUGAUGUCUUUUGAGCCAAUAAGCUUCAGAGUCCAGCAAGCUAGUUGUGGUAGUGAAGACGAUGAAACUGCCGACAGUCUCUUAUAAACAAAAAGAUGUCCAGGCUGCAUUUCACUUGUAUCUUCACAAGCAAUGUCCAACGGCUGGCUCGGCACAGUAGUGCACACAUCAGCUAUUAGAGACAGUGAGAGCAACCAUCUCUCAUCACACGUGUUCGGUAACGGCAGCAGCAGGAAAGUACUCGGUGAGAGGACUCGGCUAGAUAUGAUUGUAGCUUUACAACUUAGCCUUUCAUCUCUCGCACUGACAACCGUGUAUAUCUAGAGACUUUCUGAUCGUCCUGCAACACAGGAGUCCCAACCUCUUGGGCCAAUUACUCUGUAAUUUCCUAAAUAUUCUGUGACAGACGGUGCUCCAUAGCCUUCCGGGCUUGGGGCUUUCAGUUAAUAAUUGCUGUCCUAGCAUGACAACUUGAUGCAUUACGCUUUCACUGUAGGUUGAUUAAAUGAUAAAGUGCGCAUGAACGAUCUCUGUGGUUACCUUGCGAUGACAUGGUGACGCGAACUUACUGAAGAGCUACUUUAUUCAUUUACGUCAUUAAGGCAAUAACUAUGCAUUUAUUAAACAGUAAACAGUGACGAUUUGAGGCACCUCUGGAGCCGUCAGCGAGUAUGAUGUAAUUCAUUAUGUGUAGUUACAGGACCAUGGUGUAGCUACAGGAGUGUGGUGCCAUGGUGUAGCCCUUGUUAAGGCCAAUCAACAAUUGGGUUUUUAAAGCCCAUGAACAUUCCUUGCUGACCAACCCGUCAGGUCAAUCUGAUUCCUUUUAUAUCGAUCGAUAAUUUGUCUUCUCGUGUUGACAUCCUGGAUGAUAUUUACGGACUCUUGAAUACCCUAUAACACAGCCUUCCAUGGGGGAAAAUAUGUAAUUAUCUUAUUAGUUUGAUAAAAGUUCUUGCUUUUGAAGGCAGCCAUUAUGCUCUAGAGUUCACCUUUCAAAUUGUCACCUUGUGGUGGUGGUGGGGGGGGGGGGGGCUCUCAUGUACGAAUGCUUGGAGCCGGUGAGGGUUGCCUUGGCCCCCUCUCCGGGUGUUGUACGUGCCAAGAUACACACCCGUGUGGAUCUUGUUCGGGUCAUUGGACCUUCCACUGGAGGGGGCAGCCUGUGAGGGGCUGCCCUUGGUGUAUGGUUGGGUGUCCAGGGCUGAGGAGAAAGAAGUCUUUGCAGGCGGUGAGUCACAAUAACGUGGCUAAAGUAUGUCGA